AUGACUGGGAUCCGUCGAGCUGCCCCGAGCACCUCAUCCGUCCCUACGAAUUUGCCAAAUGCAACAGCCACACCGGGCCAAAAGCAAUCUGGGGGCCAGAGUCCCAACAAGUUCAUGAAUGAACUACACCACAUCCACAUGCCAUCAUGGGCUGUUGCUGCACUUUGCAUCGUGAGCUUGUGUGUGGUGCUGUCGUGCGCUGUGUGUGUGUGGAAAAAGUGCUUGAAAAAGAAGGACAAGGACAAAGAAAAAGAAAAGGACAAGAAACAGGGAAAAGAGAAGAGCAAGGGAGGUUUUGACACUGAAAUGGAAGGAGGUUACAAUGAGCCCCUAAAAGACAAACUAAACAAAGAAACAGAUCUGUCAGAUAAUGAGCCCAAGGAGGAUGAGAAGCUGGGCCGACUACAUUUCUCAUUAGAUUACAACUUCACAGAUAAUACGCUGGUGGUAGGCAUCCUGCAGGCUGCAGAGCUUCCUGCGAUGGAUGUGGGAGGCAGUUCUGACCCUUACGUUAAACUCUAUCUGCUACCGGACAAAAAGAAGAAGUUUGAAACCAAAGUUCAUAGGAAGACUCUGGAACCCAACUUCAAUGAAACUUUCACUUUUAAGGUAGCGUACACUGAGCUGGGCGGGAAGACACUGGUGAUGACUGUGUACGACUUUGACCGCUUCUCAAAGCACGACGCCAUCGGAGCUGUGAAGAUACCGAUGAGCAGCGUGGACUUCAGCCAGUCUCUGCAGGAGUGGAGGGAUCUGCAGAAGGCAGAGAAGGAGGAGAGCGAGCGGCUUGGAGACAUAUGUUUGUCCUUGAGGUAUGUGCCUACUGCAGGGAAGCUGACAGUGGUGAUUCUGGAAGCCAAAAACCUGAAGAAAAUGGAUGUUGGUGGAUUAUCAGACCCGUAUGCGAAGAUCCACUUAAUGCAGAAUGGGAAAAGACUCAAGAAAAAGAAAACAACGAUAAAGAAAAACACUUUGAACCCUUACUACAACGAAUCUUUCAGCUUUGAAGUACCAUGUGAACAGAUAGAGAAGGUGCAGGUAGCAGUGACCGUCCUGGAUUAUGAUAAGAUUGGGAAGAACGACGCCAUUGGGAAGGUGCUGCUGGGCGGUAACAGCACCGGGACCGAGCAGCGCCACUGGUCAGACAUGCUGGCGAACCCUCGGCGGCCAAUAGCUCAGUGGCACAGCCUCAAACCGGAGGAUGAAGUCAACGCAUUAAUUUCCAACAAGAAGUAA